GGAUUAGAGCUUCUCGUUGGCAUUUCAUGGCCCCUGAUCAUAACCGUCGUCUUCUAUUCUGCCCUGAUAUUCCGGACGGUGGUGCUGCAGGACGGCCCAUCGAUUGAGUGGAUUUUUACGAGCUUUCUGAGACUUUCCGCGAUUCUGAUUCCGGCCCUCAUCGGAUUUGUGGCCGGGCACACUGGCAAACCGAUCAUCGGGACGUUUUCUCUCGGUGUAAUGAUGACGCUUCCCUCGCAGUGGCAAUGGGCAAGUGAAUACUACCCCAACAUCGGAAUGCGGGCAGCUAUUAAAUAUCUACCACCUCUUCUACGGGCUGAUGAAUCUGGUCCGGUCGUUGUGGCUUAUCAUGAGAUUGCGAUCUUCUGCCUCAUGGUCAUCAUUAUGGCUGUCAAUUCGGCUGGUAUCAAGGCUUUCGUUUACCUUCGAAAGCGAUCUAUGAAGCAGGAAACGUGCGCCACUGAUGGGGAUCGGAAUGCUAUCGCCGUCAAACCU